AUGGCUAAACUGACAUCCAUUAUUCUCUUCACAGGAAUGAGGAGACUCAAUUCUUCAUUCACUUUGAACUAUUCAACGACACGGUCGAAUUUAUCCGAUUGGAUCCCAAAUGAGCAGAACAUCUCAUCAGGGAUCAUUAUUCAGUCUGUGUUCCUAGCCCUGGUGAUAAUUGUCGGUGUGGUCGCUAACUCCCUGGUUUGUCUUGUGAUUUACAAGCGAAGAAAUCUUCACACGGUCCUCUACAGCUUCCUGGUGAGCCUCUCCGUGUCUGAUCUUCUUCACUCCGCUCUCAAGAUGCCCACAACCAUGCUAUCCACUCUACACAUCCGCUGGUAUCCUCAUCCGUCAUUCUGCUACAUCACCACUCCCUUUGGCGUCCUUUUUGGUGCCGCCACGGUCUUCAACUUGUGCGCAGUCGCUCUAAACCAGUACUUUAUUAUCCUAAAACCACUUCUCUACCCCAUGGUCAUGACAGCCAGGCAUGCGCGUUACGUCAUUGCCGGCCUUUGGGCGGGAAGCAUAGUGAUCUCUCUUCCGCCGAUAUUCUGGCGCUCAGCUGACACCAUUUGCAAAAGCGGGCAGUCUCCAACGACAACUAUCUUUCUGAAGUGCUUUAUUUAUCGGCCUUGUGGACAUUUGUGGUCAUUAUUCCAACCGUCGUCAUGGGUAUAA